AUGGGGUUCAACACAUGGGUGCCAAGGUACAUGGGCAUUGGGGAGCACAGGGAUGCCAUGAUCAAGCACCUGGCCGUUGAGUGGGGACCAAGUGGCAACAGAGCAGAGAGCAUGGAUGCCUUCUCAUCCAUCCCACCGCAGCGGGUCGGCAACAAGAUGGAGCUGGCCCACGGUGAGGUAAACCCACAGGGUGUCAGUGAGAAGCUUUUAUUUCCAUCUCUGGAUCAGGACAGAGGCCAACCUCCUCCCUUGCAAGGUGGGGAGACUGUGCCACCUGAAAAUGGGGACAAAGGUUUAUUCCUAGGACCUGUGACUGAUCUGCCCACAGUCAGUAACAUUACCUCAGAAGGUUUACCUGAGAGCAGCCUCUCACACAACACCAUCCCUUUUGACCGCCCUAGCCUAUCUCCAGAGGUUCAGGCGGGAUCUGUGCCUUUGCUGGAUCUGGAGGUUCCCGACUGUGGCCCCAGCCUCUGUCCUACUCAUCUCGACUCACCUACCUGCACAGGUGCUCCAUCAGAUUCAACUGCAGAGGAUUCAGAGCAUGAACACACGUUGGCUACUGCAAUCCUGACUCUCUCAGACCACAGAGGUGAGGGGGACUUGUCCCUCCUUCUGAACUCCUCACCAUUGAUUGAACCCCUGUUGCCAAAGGUACUUUCUGACAGAGAUGCUUCGAUCCUGGAUCACCUGCCCAGUGGCUGUAGCUCAGAGAAAAAUGGCUCCCAGGAUUUGAUGGAAGACAAAAUUAUCUGUGAUGUUACUAAACAUGAGGGAGAGGAGGAAAUGGCUCUGGAUCAGUGCAUUACCUCAGACGUGCUACGUGAUGAGGAAACUUUGGACUUGAAACCACCCGAGGCUAUACAGGGUGACGGUAUUCCUGCUUUACAAACUGAACAGAGCGAUGGGGAAAGGUUUGCAGACUUGGACCUAUUUGCCAGAACCACAGAUUGUCACAAACGGGAUAGUUUUGAUUGCCUGGUUCUGGACUUGAAUGGUUCGUCUUCUGAGUCUGGAUGGACAAGUGAACAAGCAGUGGAGAAUCUCUCACUCUCUAAGAUGGUGGGGUCUGACUCCAUGCCUGUGGUUCCCAUAGUGAAUCGGAGAGAGGAAGACCCGUCACCUCUGAAGGCCGUGUUUGAUGCUCUGGACCAGGAUGGGGAUGGAUUUCUACGCAUUGAGGAGUUUAUGGAGUUUGCUGCUGCCUAUGGGGCUGACCAGGUGAAGGAUCUGACCAAGUUCCUGGAUCCUAGUGGGCUGGGGGUGAUCAGCUUCGAGGACUUCUAUCGAGGAAUCACGGCCAUCAGCAAUGGAAGUACAGAGCCCCAGCUCUACGAUGCGCACUUCAGCCCAGGGGACGGAGCAGUGGGCUGCCCAGAGGAGUACGAUGAGCAGAACGAGGUGACGGAUAGUGCCUACCUGGGCUCGGAGAGCAACUACAGUGAGUGUGAGAUGUUCACAGACGAAGACACGGGAGCCCUAGUCCAGCCAGAGAUGCACGAGGAUGUGGAGACGGACAGUGGCAUCGACGCAACGCUGCACGACCCCGAGGACAGCCACAACAGGUUCUCCUUGAGCUCAGAGCUGCACAGCCUCUCCCUGGUGACAGUGAUCGGCAGGGAGGAGGAGCACUUUGAGGACUUUGGGGAGAGCAACACCUCGGAGCUGCUGCUGGACACCACUGAGGAGGGGACAGAUGGAGAGGGGGACUCGUCCCACCUCCAGACCCUGGACCAGAACAACUGCUCCUCCCUGCUACUCUCUCCCAGCUCCAGCAAGAGGCUGUCCAGCAAGAAAGUAGCACGACACCUCCGGAACAGCUCCAUGACGCUGGACAGCAUGGGCGAACUGUCCCGGGACAUACUGGAUCUGGCCGACACCGACAUCACUGAGAAGGUGCUCCUGCUGGAGCGUCGUGCAGCAGAGCUGGAGAAGGACUCGGAGGCCAGCGGGGAGCAGCACACACGGCUCCGCCAGGAGAACCUGCAGCUGGUGCACCGGGCCAAUGCCCUAGAGGAGCAGCUCAAGGAGCAAGAGCUCCACGCUGAGGACCACCUCCACCAGGAGACCCGCCGCCACAAAGACGCCCUCUCCAAGCUGGAGCGGGAGAGGAGCCUGGAGCUGGAGAACCUGCAAGCUAGGCUGCAGCAGCUGGAUGAGGAGAACAGUGAGCUGAGGUCCUGUGUACCCUGUUACCGUGCCAACAUUGAGAGACUAGAGGAGGAGAAGAGGAAGCUAGAGGAUGAGGUGGAGGAUGUGACUGAGAGGCUGAACGAGGAGCUGGAAACCCGCAGGAAGACGUCCGACAAGCUGACCCACGAACGCCACCAAAACCAGAAGGAGAAGGAGCACACGCAGGAGCUGAUUGAGGACCUGCGGAAGCAGCUGGAGCACCUACAGCUGUACAAGCUGGAGGCAGAGGCCAGGAGGGGGCUCUCGCCCAGUGCUGGGCUGCAAGAGUACCAGAGCCGCACCCGUGAGGCCGAGCUGGAGCAGGAGAUCCGACGCCUCAAGCAAGACAACCGCAGUCUGAAGGAGCAGAACGACGAGCUAAACUGCCAGAUCAUCAACCUGAGCAUCCAGGGAGCCAAGAACCUGAUGACGGCCUCCUUCUCCGAGUCACUGGCGGCCGAGAUCAACUCUGUGUCCCGGGGAGAAUUGAUGGAAGCCAUCCGCAAGCAGGAGGACGUCAACUUCCGACUACAGGACUACAUCGACCGCAUCAUUGUGGCCAUCAUGGAGUCCAACCCCUCCAUGCUUGAGGUCAAGCACUAGAGACGGCCAUUUUGGAACAGGGCAGCCUGGCGGUCUCUCCGCCUCACUGGACGGCCAUACUGGGAGAGACUGGCUAAACACUUAAAGACUGACUGCUGGGACUGACCACAAAUAUACAGUACCAGUCAAAAGUUUGGACACACCUACUCAUUC